UACUAUCCUUAUUACUGAAGACUCUUCAAACUGUUGCGUUACUUCAACUUGUGAAGACAAUGCAGGUUGUCGACUCAGAAAUUAAUUCACAGGAAUCGCUUGAUGAUAAUAUCGUCAUAAAUUCAACGUCUUCCAGCAGUGAUGAUGAUACAUUCUCUCCUAUUGUUAAUUCUCUGAAUUCGUUCAACCUUCAACCAAAGGAUGGAGAUUACAGCAAAUUCAAGAAGCAGCUUGAAUGUGACUUACGAAUUGGCAGUGCCUAUCAUAUUGGAACUUCAGUCAACCCACUGUUCAAUCUUUCUAGUUCAUGUAUUCAGAAUAAUGAUGGUACGAGUACCAGAUCUCGAGCGUUUAUAAGGCACCCUUUCAAUUUGUUAUUGGCUCGUGAGCAAGGAGAUAUUGGUCCAUCGUCAAAGUCACGAAGAUUACGUUAUAGGGCAUCUCGUUGGACAACUGAAGGCAGUCAAAGAUUUGAUGGUUUACAAAUAUAUGGGUGCCGGAGUAAAGGAGCUCUUUAUCCGGAUGCUCAGACCUUUCAAGAAAGUGUCCAGGGCAGUCUUUGGGCUGUCACGCGAUUACAUUUGGAAAACAAGUUUGAGUGCCAUCGUGGCUGUGUUAAUGCUUUAAAUUUCAAUUCAAGAGGAAAUCUAAUCGCUUCCGGUUCUGAUGAUUUAAAAGUUGUUGUUACAAAUUGGAUUACUGGUGAACAAGCUUGGAGUUAUCGUACUGGACAUUGUAUGAACAUAUUUCAUGUGAAAUUUAUUCCGGAAUCAAAUGAUUUACAAAUUGUCUCAUGUGCAUGUGAUUCAGAGGUUAGACUAGCUCAGCUUUCACCUACCGGUGGUUUAGCAUGCCCUACUCGGCUGUUAGUAAAGCAUAGUCGAGCAUGUCAUAAAUUAUCUAUUCCUAAUGGUGAACCAAAUAUUGUCCUGUCAGCCGGUGCUGAUGGACAAGUCUUUUCAACAGACUUAAGAAUUCCCAAGGCUCACAAAUUACUGUGGUUACCAUUCUCUGAAUUUUUCUCGAUUGCAUCUAAUCCGACACGUCCACAUGAAUUCGCGUUAUGUGGUAGAUCUGAAUCCAUUGUACGGAUUUACGAUCGUCGUAAAAUUGACAAACGAGAUCCAAAUAGUGGACUUCUACAUACUAUUGGUGCAGAUCACCUGCGCGGAGAUAGACGUUCCUCAAAUGAGAAUGGAGUAGUUCAAGUAAAUCGUCGAUUAAUUAAUUCAUGUCGGAGUCGUCUUCAUUCGUCAAUUAGCUCAGAUUCGGACUCGGAUUCGGACUCAGAUUCCAAUCAUUUGUUAAAUUCUCUAUCUGUACAACUUGGUCGUCGAAUUCGUGCAGUACUAAAUGGUUUACGAGGUCGAGCUCGUGCAGCUUUAUUAAUGGGAAACAAUAACGACACUCUUCGUACUGAUCCUUCUUAUAAUUUCGAAGUUACAAAGUAUAGUGUCACGGCUGCUGUAUACAGUGCUCAGGGUGAUGCUAUCCUCUUGUCAUAUAAUGAUGAAAACAUCUACUUAUUCGAUGUUAAUCAACCGAGCAAACCAUAUUUACAUAAAUAUUCUGGUCAUCGUAAUAUGCAAACAAUUGUUGGUGCUACAUUUUUUGGACCAAAUAGUGAAUAUGUUGUAAGUGGUAGUGACGAUGGCUACUUUUAUUUAUGGGAUCGUGAAUCAGAAGGAAUUAUUCAAUGGCUUCAUGCAGAUAUUGAUGGAGCAGUGAAUGUAAUUGAAUCUCAUCCUACCUUACCAGUUCUAGCUUCAGCUGGUCUAGAUUAUGAUUUUAAGAUUUGGACGCCAUUAUGUCCACUCUUUGCUGAACAAGAUGAAACAAUUAAUCAUUUAAAAUAUGCAUCAACAAAAGUUCAUUCAGACGUUCUUCGACUUAGACAUUCUCGUUUAGCUAAAGCAUUUUUUCCAGAUAUUACUACUACUAUCAAUAAUAAUAUUAAUGGUAAUAAUAAUAAUAAUAAUACUGAAAUGGAAUCUCAUAAUCAAUUUUUAUCAAAAAAAUCAAGUAUAGGUAUGAUCUCUUUGGAUUCAUCAGAUUCCUCUUCGUCAUCGUCAUCAUCAUCAACGUUAAAUGACAACAUAUACAUUUCUUCUACUAAUAAUCAUAUCACAACAUCCGAUGACAUUCAUCAAUCGUUAAUAGAUGAAACAAAAACUGAUAAUUAUUCAAUAACUGAUGUAAAUUCAUCAUAUGUAAUCGGUUUUUCAAGAAAAAGACGUCAUCCAAAUACCAUCAAUGGAUCAUCAUUAUCAUCAAAUGAAGUUCAUGUACAAAAAAACAAUGAAUAUUUACAUGAUAGUUGUAAUGAUAUGAAUGAUAUAAUUCAAGAAGAAAGUAAUACAACGAACAUCAUGAAUUCAUUUGAUUGUCAUCCAAGUAAACAACCAAAACGAUCAUCAUUUUGCUCUUCUAAUACUAGUACUACUAUAUCUGAAUGUAAUGUUAAAAUAGUCCCCAAUAAUAAUGAACAACCUAUACCAUCGUCAAAUAUGAAACAAAACUCCUGUGACAUUAUCGAGUGUUCUUCUACACCAAAUGAAACUACUAAAAAUUGUCAAAAUACCAGAAUAAAUUCUACACUAUUAAAUAAUAACAAAAUUCAACCACGUUUACCUCAACAAUUUUUACCAUUCAAUCAAAUUGAUUUACAAUUGCGAGUUGCUCAAAAUUGGGUGAAUCGAGCUUGUGAAAGUAGUCAGAUAGAUGGUUUGGAUGAAGCAAAUUUUCGAAUCCUAUCUGCUAUUGAAUCUGUUACUCAAAUACGUACUCGUAGAAGACGUGGAUCCAACAGUAAUAGUAAUGAUGAUAACGAUGAUCAUGAUGACAUAGUCGAUGAUAAUGACGAUUUGGAAUCAAAUAGUAGUAGUAGUAGUAGUUCUAGCCAAUCGAAUCAUUCACGUAGUGGUAUUGAUAUUGUUCGGUCUGUUCUUACACUUGGACGACGUGGAGGUAUUAAUGGUGCUAAACGAAGUGAAGAGACUUUUGCCUCAAGAGAUCGUGAAGAAGGUUCAAAUGAAAAUAGUUCAGAUGAAGGUGGUAUUUCAUCAAGAAUAUCUAGUUUUUUAGCAAAAGAACUCCGUUGUUCUCAUGAUACCUCUUCAGACUCAGAAACUACUUCUUCUUCUUCAUCAUCAUCAACAUCAUCAUCGUCGUCUUCCUCUUCUUCUUCUUCAUCAUCAUCGUCGUCAUCAUCCACUUCAUCAUAAAAGCAUCGAGUGCCUUCAUAUUCAUAUCUUCUCAUCCUACUAUUCCUUCAGUGCAAAAUUCUCUUGUUAUGUAAAUUGUGAUUUUUAAUAAUAAUUAUUAUUACGGUAUCAUUCUUAUUGUAAAGCAUUUCAUAUGUUUAUUUUAUCUUUGUUCCCCGCCUUUCACAACUAGCCCACCUCCUCAUAAUAAUUAAUCACCUAAAUAAACACAUACACACAUUCGUCGUUUCUUUUUUUUUUUUCUUGUUCUGCUACUUCUCAUUGCACCAUCAGUAGAUGUUACCUUCAACAUCAACAUUACCAUUGGAAACAGCAAAGAAAAAUCAGAUAAAGUAAAAAAAAAACACAACCAAACUCACUGUGUGUGUAUGUAUGUAUGCAUGUGUGUGUACCAUCUUGUAAAUUAUGAUUUAUUAUGGAUUAAAAAAAAAAACAGAACCAUAUAACAACAAUAAUCGAUUCAAUUAUUUUAAUGAAAAGUUUUCUUGUUUUGUUCAUAAUGUGUUUGAUUGGUUAAUUCAGUGUACAUUUUAUUGGUGAUAGUAUCCUUCUCUACAUAUACCCAUAUAGGUAUAACAUUUCAUGAUUUCAAUAAUAAUAAUAAUUAUACUGUGAUUAGUACCCUGUUGGUUUCUUAAUAUUAUACAUAUACACAAUUAUUGGGAUCAUUCCAUUGUAAUAUCCCAAGAAUUGUCAUUGUUUAUAAUUGAAUAUUUUGUGUUUUUUUUGAUGAUGUAACGACAGUAGUGUUGAUUUGUGUGUGUGUGUGUGUGUGAUUUAUGUGUAAUUUAGGCGUGUAGUUUUUUUUGUAUUUGAAUAGGAGUCUCCGAUAAAAAUCUAUGCUAUAGUUUC